GAGGUGUUGGGUCGCUGAGCGAGUCCGUUCACGCUGGACUGUUUGUCGUGAGAGAAGCUGGCCGAGGGAGCCGGGGCCUGCACUACACUUCCCAGGAGGCUGUGCGCGGCGGCGGGUCACGUGACGGGAGCGCGGGCUUUGGAAGGCGCGGAGCGAGCGGCGACCCGUGGUCGAGCUGAGGCGGGAGUGGGGCUGAGGACUGUCCAGCGUGACACCGGACCAAGCGGUAGCUGCCGAGGCCUCGCGCCUGUAAGGCCAGCUGUCCCUCUGUAUUGCUAUGGGUAUUCAAGGCCUGGCCAAACUGAUUGCUGAUGUGGCCCCCAGUGCCAUCCGGGAAAAUGACAUCAAGAGCUACUUUGGCCGCAAGGUGGCCAUCGAUGCCUCCAUGAGCAUUUAUCAGUUCCUGAUUGCUGUUCGCCAGGGUGGGGAUGUGCUGCAGAAUGAGGAGGGGGAGACCACCAGCCACCUGAUGGGCAUGUUCUACCGUACCAUCCGCAUGAUGGAGAAUGGCAUCAAGCCCGUGUAUAUCUUUGAUGGCAAGCCCCCACAGCUCAAGUCAGGUGAGCUGGCCAAACGCAGUGAGCGACGGGCUGAGGCGGAGAAGCAGCUGGAGCAGGCUCAGGCUGCUGGGACUGAGGAGGACGUGGAGAAGUUUACUAAGCGACUGGUGAAGGUCACCAAGCAACACAAUGAUGAGUGCAAGCAUCUACUGAGCCUCAUGGGCAUCCCGUACCUCGAUGCACCCAGUGAGGCCGAGGCCAGCUGUGCAGCCCUGGUGAAGGCUGGCAAAGUCUAUGCUGCAGCCACGGAGGACAUGGAUUGUCUGACCUUUGGCAGCCCUGUGCUAAUGCGGCACCUGACUGCCAGUGAGGCCAAGAAGCUGCCCAUCCAGGAAUUCCACCUGAGCCGGAUUCUGCAGGAGCUGGGCCUGAACCAGGAGCAGUUUGUAGACCUGUGCAUCCUACUGGGCAGUGACUACUGUGAGAGUAUUCGGGGCAUUGGGCCCAAGCGGGCUGUGGACCUCAUCCAGAAGCACAAGAGCAUCGAGGAGAUUGUGCGUCGACUUGACCCCAACAAGUACCCCGUGCCAGAAAAUUGGCUGCACAAGGAGGCUCAGCAGCUCUUCCUGGAGCCUGAGGUGCUGGACCCAGAGUCUGUGGAGCUGAAGUGGAGUGAGCCAAAUGAAGAAGAGCUCGUCAAGUUCAUGUGUGGUGAAAAGCAGUUCUCUGAGGAACGAAUCCGCAGUGGGGUCAAGCGGCUGAGCAAGAGCCGCCAGGGCAGCACCCAAGGCCGCCUGGAUGAUUUCUUCAAGGUGACUGGCUCUCUCUCUUCAGCUAAGCGCAAGGAGCCAGAACCCCCCAAGGGAUCUGCUAAGAAGGCAAAAACUGGGGCAGCAGGGAAAUUUAAAAGGAGAAAAUAAACGAUUUUCCCUUCAUUAUACCUCCUUGACCCAAGAGUAUCUGCCUUGUACCCUCAAGAGCUAGUGCUUGAGAAACCUCCAGGGGGGGCAGUGAAGGGAUUGCUUGCAUUGCUUCUGUAGCGUUACCCUUCUCAGUAGUGCUUUUCCCUUUUUUACUUGAUCUUAUGGCAGGAAAGACACAGAGGUUCAUUCUUUUUUUAGCUCAGGAAAGCAUGUCAGGCUCAAACCACCUUUCAAUUUAAUGGACACUGAAUCCAUUGUUACAUAAAAGUGAUAGCAACAAGUUUUGAAGAAGAUAGGAGAUAAAUGGUGGAGACAAAUGACUAUACGGAAAUGAUUUCCUGGCUAGCCAACUGGUGGCCGGUGAUGGUGAGCCAGACUGCACUUCUCUGGUUCAUCCUUGACCCACCCUGAGGGACAGCCAGCAGGAAGACCCAGUCUUAACAGAUAGGAAGAGCUACUGAGAAAUAACAGGCGGAAAGUGGAGUCAGCAACAGGGGUUUGAUUACUGACUGUCCUGGGGUGGGCUGAAACUUGAACUCACUGUGUAACUUGAGUCUUUACAGUGGUUAUUCAGAGGCAUAAGGUGGCGAAGUUCUCAUGGCCUCUUUCAGGCAAUUAACUGAGUUGAGAUUUUGGGAUAAGAAACUGUUGUCAUGUACUGUUUUUGUUUUAAAGGUAUGAGAAAAGAGUCAAUAAAAUUAUAAAAGUAACCA